AUGAUUUACGAUUCCAUCAAUUCAACAACUUUAAUGUCAUCACCAGUAUCAACGACAACAGAAGUAAUAGUAAAUGGAUCAACAACAACAACGACACCAUCAUCAGCGCGUAAUAGUACAAUACUGGGUAGAAGACAAUUGAAUAGGUUUAGUUGGUUUGUGACAACUGGUGUAGAAGAAUUUAUAUUAAGUGGUGGCCAACCAUUGUUAACAAGUGAAAACCAUAGUAGUAAUGACAAUGUUCAUCAUCAUCAAAUAGAGAGAUCUGAAGAUGAAGAUGAAGAACAAAUAACCGAAUCUGAUAAACAUUAUAUUGAGAGUGGACCAAGCUGGCAAGAAAAAGCACCAACAUUUAAAGUAUUAGUCCAUAACCCAGAAAAAAGAGUAAAACUUGGUGGUGUUCAAGAAUAUACGAUAUUUUAUGUCACUUCAUUAUUUACAGAAGGUGCACAGGUCACAGUCGAAAGAAGAUUUAGCCAAUUUGAAUGGCUGCAUCGACAUUUAGCAGCAAAAUUUAGUGCCUUCAUAUUACCACCACUUCCAGAAAAACAAUAUGCUGAACGUUACAUUAAUCGAUUAGCUCGACAUCCAGAAUGGUAUAAACGAGAAAAGCAAUUUGAAUCAGAUCAGAUUAUUGGACAUGUAUUUUUUCAACAUGUUUAUCAUCCAGAAUACAAUGUCGAUGAUGGAGAUGUUGAAACAAUUGAAAGAUUUGAAGCACAUUCACGUGCAAUGGAAAAGCUUAUGCCGUUUAUUAACGAGGCAUCACAAUCUCAUAAAGAUUCUGUCGAUGAAAUGCAAAAACAAUAUCGUAAAGUUAGUUAUGCUUUAUUAAAACUUAUUACUGGUCAUAAUUUGGGGGAAGGUUAUGAAAUGUUGAACGAAGAAGGUGCUUGGUGCUGGAGAGAUGGUUGUCAAGCUUGUCUUAGUCUCACAAAGGCGCUCCAAUCAAUUGCGGAAAGCAUGCAAUCAAUAGCCAACAUAUAUGAAACAUAUUCAAACGAAACUUGUAUGCCAUGGUUAGAACAUAUGAAAGAUUAUAGUUAUCCUGCCAGUAAUUAUGAGCCAUUGAUUGAUAUGCAUACGGGAACAUAUAGGAAGUUUAAAGAAGUUUCUGAUGAAAAUGCAAAUCAUCAAUUGUUGGAGGAGGUAGAUCUUGAAACAGUUAAAUCACGUUGUGACACUGUGUUUAAUGUCACACUAGCAGAAGUUGAUCGAAUACAUGAGGAAAGGGUUCAAGAUUUUCGUGAAGUUACUAGACAAUACCUAGAUGGACAAAUAGAAUUUCAUGAAAAGGUUCUCGAAGAGCUUCGACAGGCUCGAGCAAAUUUUGAUGAACCACAUUAUUCUUCAUUAUCGCAAACACCACUUUCUGAGAUUGUUGGUGGUGUUGUUGCAGAUGGUGUCGAUAGUUUAAAUAAUUUCUUGAGACGUACUACUAGGAAUUCAAUUAGCAGGAGCACUGUUUUGGAUAUGUGGUGGAAUAGGAAUAGUUGA